AGAUGCUUGCUUUUGCACUACGUGGUAUUGUACUGAUAGCUGUGCUCAGUUGGUACAGUACCAGCGUGUGGAAGAUGAUCGACAGCUACUUCAAGAACAGAUUCGAUAAAUACUUGAAAGAGGAAUUUGAGAAAAAUCCGGGAAUGAAGGCGGACAUGGCAGGUGAGAAACGACAGAAAGUCCUUCCCCAGGAAAUUGUUGUUCCAGAUUUUUUGGACUCUUGUCAACUGGAUUCGUGUCCAGUUGAUAAGGCAGAGGCACUCCAGGAAGUUAAAAUUUCGUCGACAGGGAACGAGGAGCAAAUUAAUCAGGUCCUGGAAAAGGAAAAUAUCUCAGACGUUUCACCUGUGGAUAAUCUCACAAUCAGAGAGGGAAAGAGGGAGGAUAUCGAUGAGGGAGCUGGUGCAAAGGGUGACAGAACAACAAGGGUUGGUAAAAAGGUAGUGGUGGGUAGUCAGGAAGGGCGGAAAAGUAAGAGAAAGAAAGUUAAAACAAUAACGCUGACUGUGGAAGACUUUGAAGAGGUCAAGAAGAGAAUGGACACUGAUGAGUAUGACUUUACUGAGUUUGAAGAUGAAGAACAACUGCCUGAGGGUAUUCCUGUUUCCAAACUGGGCUUCAAGCCAAAAGCGGAUAUUGGAAAUCUUGAUAGAGUGACUGAGGAUGAAUUUUGUCCCAUCAGUUUGGAGUACGAGGGUGACUGCAGUGAAAUCAAGACAUGGCCGUAAAUAUUCACCCCUCGAUAAUGGGCUCAUUUCCCUGUGAGUGAAUGAAAAUUGAUGAGUUGCAUUUUGUCAAUCGAGGGGACGAAUGUGAGGUAAAUGUUGAUGAUAGCUAUUGAGAAACUACCCAGAUGCCACUUCUAACAGUACAAACGGGUCAUAAUACGUCCGGCGGAAGUAAUCGAUGUGACACAUUCGUUUGGCUUUGAAUAUUUAAAAGCAGAAGUCUUUUAACCAGUGAUGAACAACGAAUUGCCAUUACCGAGAGAUAAUGAUAGACCAGCAUUCAAACUCACGGUACUGUUGAUAGCUGUAAUUGUUGAUAAUUAUUGCCGACCGGAUAAUCGAUAGAAAUGAUUUACGAUCUUUUUCCCUCUCAUUAAAUUAGGGAUAAUGUUUUGCGAAUUAGUUGAUGAUUUUUACUGAUUAAAUGGAAUCAUAAAACGUUUGAAUUUGUUAUGUAUCCAGUUGUUGUAAAUCUGAAGAGUUAAUUGAAGUAAUUUCGCCUUGAAAUAGUCGGGAAGAAUAUUUUUUUUUAAUGACACGAAGGUUGAGAAAACAAUUUUUUUGUCAUUAUACUAUUGACAUUUCCUUCGGAGCAAAUACUUGAAAAAUACGUGUUUUCUCUGCAUAAUGCGGUGAUCUCAUCGUACGUGCGAAAAAAGUGAAGUUUAUGUAACAAAAUUAACAAAAUGUAUUGCGACAUCGACGGAAGUCCCUCGCAGCACUCGAUAAAUAUGCGAGGUGUGUACACAAAAGCCAAAAAUGGAUUAGCCUUGCAGCCGGAACACAAUAAGAAUACUAAUUAAUUAUUGUCAAUGGAAAAUGUAAAUUACUGUGGAGAUUGUAACGAGACCGUAACGAGAAACAAUUUUUUCAAUUUACGAAGGCUGCACCGAGGAUAAUCUACGAUGGAAUGUCAAUGAAACCAGGAAUAGUAGCAAUGCUUCCUGGUGAACGAUACGUUAACACCUGUCGGGGUAAUUUGUUGAUGUAAGUCAUCGAUAACUAGACACACAAACAGUGUUCACCUCGUUAUGCAAAAACUUGUUGCACCGGCGUACUUGACACCGUUACAUCUCCCAGUCGAGUUGGACUGGUCUACAUUAAGGACCUGAACAGUGUCACUUGUGUGCGUUAUGUUAUUUCAAUGUUCAGGAAAAACACGAGCGAUAUUUGUGACCUUGAGGGGGGACUGAGAAAAAAUGUCCUUUCGAGGAAAUUUCUAAGCAACAUUGGAAGGUCGCGACCAUUAUCAGUUGCAAUGCUUCGUAAAAUACGUAAAAUGUCGCAAAAAAAUUGUUAAAGUCCUUUAGAUUUUCAGGACUAAAAAUUGCACCGACCAAUGAUAUUCUCAGGACGACUUUACGACGUUUUCGAUACGAUAUUCAUUUUCGAAACACGCAAUUAAAAAUAAAUUUGUACUAAUAUCCUCA